ACUAUAAAUAAAAUACGCAUGUGCUAUUCAAAAAGGUAGAAUUCAAUCAGGAAGUUUGUUUGGAAUAAACUGAUUUAUUUAAUUUAUUUUUGCUAUAAAUAUGAUUGCAUAAUAAACCUAAAUUAUAUUUUUAGUUUUAUCUUAUCAAAUUAGUCAUGAAUAUUGAAAUUAAACAAGGAGAUGAGUUUGAUAACUUUGCUGAAUUUGAAAACAAAUUGGCUUCUUGGUCGGCAUUUACAAACAUUUUGUGGACUAAAUGUAACAGCAAAACUGUUACAUUGGCUAAUAAGGGUUUGAGUCAGAAUUCAAAACAUUUUGAUGAGAAGUUUAAAUUUAGAAAUGUAACAUAUUUAUGCAAGCAUGGAGGAGUUAAGAGAACAAAAGGGAAAGGAAUUCGCCCAAAUCAAAGCUCUUUCAAAAUUGGAUGUUGUGCCAAACUUUAUAUUAGUAUUAAUAAAGAUAAAACAAAACUAGUAGUACAGCAACUUCAGGCUAACCAUAACCAUGAAGUCACCAGAACUGCUUUUAUGCAUUACCCUGAACAACGCCGGUUAAGAGAAAUAGUUAAAGAUGAUAUUGGCACAAUGUUUAAACUUGGUGUUAAAGUCUGUCUUUUAAAAGAAUAUUUAAAAAAUAAAGAAAGAAAAAUAGUAACAUCGAAAGAUUUAUUCAACAUAAAUAAAAAAAUUGAACUAGAACGCAAUUGUGAAAAAUCAAAUGAGGCUUUAUUGAUCGAUGAACUAAUGUCCUUCUGCUCUAACUUUUCUUUUUCAAUUUUUGUAUUUUACAGAAUUUAUGAUUUAGAGUAUAUAUAUAGAGGCAGCAAACGCCUGAUAAUUUUAACCUAAAUGUAUUCAGAGAUUUAUUCAGAGGUUUAUUGUACUUUAAGUUAAAUGGGUUAUAGUUCAAAUAUAGU